GGGGCUCUGACUGACAUGACGUCUAGAGCCCCCUUUUCCACGUCCGGCAGGAGUGUGGCGCAGUCGAUCGAAUCCAGGACUUGUACCCAGCGUUGCUCCUCCCUCGGUUAAUGUUCACUCAUGCCAUGAUAAAGCCAGCUUGGGCACUGGAGGAGCGCUCCUUUCAUCAUGUACGCGAUCUGCGCGCUGCUUGCGCUCCUGGUGUUUUUGCCGCAGCUGCUGCGCCACUUCUUUCCGUACUUCUGGCAGGAUGCGAAUUACUUGUUUCAGUACUUGCGCUGCGGAGUGCGGAUAUCCCGCUACUCCACGAAGAAACCUUUCUACAGCGUACUGGACAGCUUUCUAGACAACGUAAAAAAGCAGCCCGAAAAACCUUUCAUCAUCUUUGAGGACCAAGUGUACAGCUACCAGGAGGCGGAACGGCGCAGCAACAAAGUGGCUCGGGCUCUGCGGAGCCAUGCCGGCUUGAACCAUGGGGAUUGUGUGGCCGUGUUUAUUGGGAACGAGCCUAACUUUCUGUGGACCUGGCUGGCCUUGGCCAAGUUGGGCUGUAUAGCCAGUCUGCUCAACUACAACAUCCGAGCCAAGUCGCUGCUGCAUUGUUUCACGUGCUGCGGGGCCAACGUGUUGCUCGUGGCUGCGGAACUGAAGUCGGCUGUUGAAGAGGUGCUGCCUACGCUCAGGGAGAAGAAUGUCUCCGUCUACAUCUUCAGCGACACAUCUGACAAUGAGGAUAUUCAGAGUCUUGGAGACAAAAUCAAUCAAGCCUCGGAUGAGCCUUUGCCCCAAUCGCUGAGGGACAGCAUUAAUAUUCACAGUAAAGCGGCAUACAUCUAUACGUCUGGCACCACAGGCCUCCCCAAGGCUGCAGUUGUCACUCAUCAUCGUCUCUGGGCAGCUUGCUUUCUUCAAGGAAUGUUGGGAGUAAAAUCUAACGACAUUAUCUACAUCAACCUCCCUCUCUACCACAGCGCUGGCCUCUUGAUGGGUGUCCUUGGUGCAAUUGAAAGGGGCAUUACAAUUGUGUUAAGUCGGAAAUUUUCUACCUCACAGUUUUGGAAUGACUGCCGAAAGCACAACGUCACUGUUAUCCAGUAUGUCGGCGAGGUGUUACGGUAUCUGUGCAAUACUCCAAAGAGUGACAGUGAUCGUCACCACCGAGUCAGACUUGCCAUUGGUAAUGGAGCCAGAAUGGACACCUGGAAGGAGUUCUUGCAUCGAUUCGGAGACAUCCAAGUCUGUGAGUGCUAUGGGGCGACAGAGGGGAACGUUGGCUUCAUAAAUUAUAUUGGAAGAGUCGGAGCCAUUGGACGGGAGGUCUUUAUACACAAGAAAUUGUUUCCAUAUUCUCUUAUUAAGUACGAUACAGAGAGAGAAGAACCAGUGCGCGAUUCCCGUGGAUUUUGCAAAGAAGUUGAAAAAGGUGAAACAGGCCUCCUUGUAUUAAAAAUUACCAAAAUUGCUCCUUUCACUGGCUAUGCAAAAAACAGGGAGCAGACCGAGAAGAAGCAAAUAAGAGAUGUCCUUAAAAAAGGAGAUGUGUACUUCAACAGUGGGGAUUUGCUAAAAGUCGACCGUGACAAUUUUAUUUAUUUCCAGGACAGAAUUGGAGACACGUUCAGAUGGAAAGGAGAAAAUGUGGCCACCUCAGAGGUCGAGAGCAUUCUGAUUCUGGUGGACUGCAUUGCAGAGGCAAACGUCUAUGGCGUCCUUGUGCCAGGGCAUGAAGGGCGCACAGGAAUGGCUUCUGUUAAGUUGAAGGAAGGGAAGCAGUUCAAUGCUGGAGAUUUUUUCACAACUGUUGCACAUCACUUGCCCACUUAUGCCAGGCCACGAUUUAUUAGAAUUCAGAACUCCAUUGAGGUGACAGGAACUCUGAAGCAGCUGAAAGUGAAGCUGUCCAAAGAAGGCUUUAACAUGGACACAAUCAGGGAUCAAUUGUACUUUCUGGAUGACAAAGCCAAGACCUAUGUGCCAAUGACCCGCAGCAUCUAUGAGGCCAUUAUUAACAAGGAAAUGAGGCUCUGAGGUGACGAGUGCCACUUACCGAAUGAGUCACUCAGCCAAAUUUUCAGUUCAGUUCAGUCUGUUUUCUGUAUAGCGCCCCUCACUGACUGCAGGCUCAGAAUAUUCACAGGUAAAUGCAGUUCCAAACUUUACAAAUGACUAAUUGAGUCACUCGUGAAGACACAGAUUUGAUUAAGCGCACAGGAAGACAAAGCAGUUCUAAACCGAUUAAUAGACAUGGAGCCCAAGAAAAGGUUGUCAACAAAUAUAAUCGUUCAAAUACGGCCAGUUCACAACAGGGGAAAACAAAAACUCCAGUGAGCAGGAGAAAAGAAACCUCUGGGGGGUCCACGGUCAGUUAUAACAGACAACGUCAGACACCACCAAAGUCCUGGAGACCUCGGCCAACUUACCACACACCACCUCCGGGGCAUUCUUCUGCAGAGUCUGUGCCAGGACAUCUAAUAAGACGACAGAAUUGUUCCAUCUGAUGAUUCCAGGACUUCUAGCAUCACAAAUGUCUUUUCCAUGGGCUGUUGUUGUGCCACCGUAGAAGACCAAGAAAAAAAACAGAAUAGAGGAGAGUUCAAAAUUAUAUGCAUUCAUUUAUCCUUUGCAAAACCACUAACUAGGGCUCUUAUAACAACAAGGUUAUUUUUUAUGACUUCAGUUAGUUUAAUAGUAAUUAAUCUGAAGUGACAUCAACUUCUCACAUUUUUAUUACUGCCAAUCAAAUGAAUACUUCAAAAUAUCUCUAAAAGCAUUUGAGCUGUUUUGAAAUUCAGCGUCCUCUUAACAUAUUUGAAAUACACCAUGAAACACGUGGUCCUCAAGUAAAGGUGGUUCACAGAGAACAAUUCUUUCUCAACCAGUGGACGCCAGUGGGUGGUAAGUUGCUGUUGUUUAUAAUGCUUGUGGUUCACACAGUAGUUUGCGACUUGUUUAAUGGUCCUAUGAUCGCGCUUGUCCAAAAAUGCUCAGAGGAUUGAACCUGACUAAAUGCUCCCUAAUCUGAAAAUCGCUCAAAAUUCACCACGAUCGUGCUCGAUUUACCCAGAGGAGACUCUUGGUCGGUCACGAAAACAUUCAUAUCGGAAUAAGUGGGUCAUAAUGCUAAAAUGUUGAGAAACACUGAUAUAGAGCAUGCAGAGCGCCUUAUGUCAGAAAUACAGUCUGAGAUUUUGGCACAAUUUUAAGAUCAAUUUGCUGAGUAGGCCCAAAUUUCAACUUCAUUGUUUCAUGUGCAGUAUGAGAGGGGAUGUUAUACCCGACAGUAUCUUACAACAUAAAUUUAGAAAUCAAUAAAUGCCAGAAAGUUGUAAGUGUGAGCCGUCACACAAGACAAAAUCUCUGGUUGACAUCAAAUUUACCGAAAUUCAUUGUGCAGCAACUGCAGUAAGUGUGCAUUGUACAUUGGGUAUUGCCGUUCUUCUUCUUCUAUUUAGGGGUUGCUACAGCAGAUCAUCCCUGUCUUCUAUAUCAUUUUCUGCCACACUGACUGCCUUCCUGUCCUCCCUCACCACAUCCAUAAACCUCCUCUUUGGCCUUCCUCUUUUCCUCCUGCCUGGCGCUUCCAUCCUCGACAUUCUUCUCCCGAUGUACCCCUCAUCUCUCCCCUGCACUUGUCCAAACCAUCUCAAUCAAGUCUCCCUCUCUUGGUCACCAAACUGUUGUACCUGUGUUGUCCCUUUAAUAUACUCAUUUCUAAUUUCUGUCUGUCCUCGUUACUCCGAGCAAAAAUCAUAGCAUCUCAUUGAGUAUUGUUGUUGUCAUGCUCAUUUUCACCUUUUUAAUUUCUUAAAGCUACCUAUCAAGUAGUAAAACAAACAACUGAAUGUCCAAUGACAGAAGUGUCUUUGGAAACAUUUACUGGAAGACCCCAAAAUACAAUACAAUACAAUACAAUUUAUUGUUUGUGUAGCCCAAAAUCACACAGGAAGUGCCGCAAUGGGCUUUAACAGGCCCUGCCUCGUGACA